AUGGAAACCACAUCUGUCUUCAACAAUUCCAUAGCCGCCCCAUCAUCUCUCCCUCUUCCUCUUCCUCUUCCAUUCUCCGGCAAAUCCACCAUCUUUCGUAAAAGGGUUUUGGGAAUUCUGGCGUCGAAACGAUACGCACACAGUCAUGACUUCGACGGCAAGCUAGUGGACGAGAGCAUGAUUGUGUUGAGGAGGCGAAUUCACGAGAUGACGACGUCGGAAAAGAAUUACGAGCCUCCGCGGCAUUGGAUGGAUUGGGAGAAGGAAUACAAGAAAGAGAAUUACGACCGCGAUGUUUGUGAAGCAGCGGGGUAUUUGCAAUCCAAGUUAAUGGAAACCAGGCCGAGCUUGGCUUUGGGAAUGGCGCUUCUUUUUCUGUUUACCCUACCGACUUCGUUCGCCGUUGUUAUGUACCAUGUCAUGCAUAUGAUCAAAGGCUGA